AUGGAGAGCCGAAAGGACAUGGUUAUGUUUCUGGAUGCGGGUCAGCUUGGUACUCUGGUUGGCAAGAGGGUCUCCAAUUUGUCCGAAGCCGUGGGCAGCCCGCUGCCUGAGCCGCCCGAGAAGAUGGUGCCCCGUGGUUGCCUGAGCCCGCGGACCGGCCCUCCGGGCGCCCGGGAGCGCGGCGGGGGAGGCCUGGAGGAGGAGCCGGUCGACGGACUAGCAGGCAGCGCUGCGGGGCCGGGCGCCGAGCCGCGGGCAGCCGGGGCUGCGGUGCUCGGCCCCGGACCUCCGGCCCCCUCCGCCGACAGCCUCUCGGGUCAGGGGCAACCUAGCAGCUCAGACACCGAGUCGGAUUUCUAUGAAGAAAUCGAGGUGAGCUGCACCCCGGACUGCGCCACGGGGAACGCCGAGUACCAGCACAGCAAAGGGCCCAGCUCAGAGGCACUGGCCAGCAGUCCCAGCAGCGGCAGCGAGGCCCCCAAGAGCAACAGUAACGGCAGCUCACAGGGCGCCCUGGCCUGCAGCGCCAGCGACCAGAUGCGCCGCUACCGCACGGCCUUCACCCGGGAGCAGAUUGCCCGGCUGGAGAAGGAGUUCUACAGGGAGAACUAUGUGUCCAGGCCGCGGAGAUGUGAGCUGGCCGCCGCCCUAAACCUGCCGGAAACCACCAUCAAGGUGUGGUUCCAGAACCGGCGCAUGAAGGACAAACGGCAGCGGCUGGCCAUGACGUGGCCGCACCCGGCCGACCCCGCCUUCUACACGUACAUGAUGAGCCACGCGGCGGCCGCGGGCGGCCUGCCCUACCCCUUCCCGUCGCACCUGCCCCUGCCCUACUACUCGCCGGUGGGCCUGGGCGCCGCGUCCGCCGCCGCCUCGCCCUUCAGCGGCCCGCUGCGCCCGCUCGACACCUUCCGCGUGCUCUCGCAGCCCUACCCGCGGCCCGAACUGCUGUGCGCCUUCCGCCACCCGCCGCUCUACCCCGGCCCGGCUCACGGACUGGGCGCGGCGGCCGGCGGCCCCUGCUCCUGCCUCGCCUGCCACAGCGGCCCGGCCAACGGGCUGGCGCCCCGCGCCGCCGCCGCCGCCUCGGACUUCACCUGUGCCUCCACCUCCCGCUCGGACUCCUUCCUCUCCUUCGCGCCCUCGGUGCUCAGCAAGGCCUCCUCGGUCGCGCUGGACCAGAGGGAGGAGGUGCCCCUCACCAGAUAA